AUGCAAAUAUUUACUGAAGAAGAGAAAUAUCAAACUAUUUUAGAAGUUCGUAUAGAAUAUCUUGAAUUAGCUAUGAAUUAUUAUGAAACAAACAAUCUAUUAGAUUUAGCUCCUAAUGAUAUAAUGCAUGGCGAAGAUAUUUUUUCUAAUCCCGUGGCCAAUUAUUUUCAAGAAAAUUCAAAUCAAAAUGAUGAUGAUGAUAUUAUUAAUCCAUCAAGAAAAUCUGAUUAUUCUAUACUUGCAAAACUUGCUAGCAAGUAUCUUGCUAUUCCCACUAUAUUAGUGCCAUCUGAAUGUCUUUUUUCCUCUGCAGGUCUUACUAUUAUGGAAAAAAGAACAAGUCUUAAUUCUCAAUUUGUUGAAUCAAUUCUGCUUCUUAAGUUAGCUCUAAAGAUUUGGCCUGUUUCAUAUAUUUUUAACUAG